AUGGCAGGAUACAGCAAAGGCGCAGGCCGGGUGCCCACCGGUUUCGCGGCGGAAACAUUCAUCAGCGAGUCGAGCUUCCGAGAAGGUCACCGCGCACUCGAAUCCGGCGCAAAUUCGAAGAAACGAAAGAGGGAGAACAAAGGGAAUUCGAGCGUAGUCUCGGGCGCCGGAGCGUACAAAGGUCCUUGGGCGCGAUAUGAGGAAGAGCGGCCAGAUGCGGCGUCCGACGAAGAAUUCGGCAGCGAUGAAGAGGUGGAGAUAGUGUAUGAAGAGGACGACAUAGAAGACAAUCCUACGGCGGCACCUAAGAAGCUCGCAGGAACGGAUUAUGCGGACACAGAAGCUGCGGGCGAGACGAGCGAGUUCGUGGGCAGCCAGCAGUACGAUUACCAAGGAAGAACGUACAUGCACAUACCGAAUGAUCUCGAUAUCAAACUGACCGGCGAGCGCGACGACACCAAGAACUUCCACCCCAAGAAACUCAUUCACACGUACAAAUACCACACAAAGUCCAUCACCCAAGUGCGCUUCUUCCCUGGCAGCGGUCAUCUGCUUCUUUCGGCCUCCGCCGAUUCCAAGAUCGCCCUGUGGGACGCAUACCAUCAACGAGAGCUUUUGCGGACAUUUUCCGGGCAUACAAAGUCUGUCAACGACAUCGACUUCAACCCUAGCGGGACACAGUUCGUCUCGGCGAGUUAUGAUCGCUACAUGAAGCUGUGGGACACCGAGACUGGAAAAUGUCUCAACAAGUUUACUUCCGGAAAGACACCCCACGUGGUGCGAAUCAACCCGAGCACGCCGCACGAGUUUUUGGCAGGAAUGGCAGACAAGAAGAUCCUCCAGUACGAUACUAGGAGCGGAGAGAUGGUGCAGGAAUACGACCAUCAUCUGGGUCCGGUCAACACGAUUACUUUCUGCGACGAGGACAGGCGCUUUGUCAGCACGUCUGACGACAAGUCCCUCCGCGCGUGGGAAUAUGGCAUUCCCGUCCCCAUCAAGUUCAUUGCCGAGCCUUACAUGUUUUCCAUGGUUCGCUCGUCCCCCCAUCCUUCAGGAAAAUACAUCGCCUUCCAGUCCUCCGACAACCAAAUCACCGUCUAUUCCUCCACCGACAAAUUCCGCCAAAACCGCAAGAAGAGCUACCGCGGCCAUAACGUGGCGGGCUACGCACCGGACGUCGCCAUCAGUCCUGACGGACAGCUCAUUAGCUCCGGUGAUAGCGGAGGUUAUGUGUGCUUCUGGGACUGGAAGACGUGCAAGAUGUGGCACAAGAUUCAGGCGAGCGAUGCGCCAGUCUUGGCGGUGCAGUGGCACCCGCGGGAGACGUCCAAGGUUAUUACGGGUGAUCUCAAUGGUGUACUCAAGUACUGGGAUUAG